GCGGCGGUGCUCUCGGCGAUCCUCGUUAACCCUCUUGAUGUCGCAAAGACGAGGUUGCAGGCGCAGGCGGCUGGAGUGUUGUAUAAUUCUUCUCAGAAUCAGUUUGGGAGACAUAUGGCAUCUCUUGGCCCUAAUACGCUUUUCUCAGAUUUCAGAUGCUCUCCUUCGUGCACCCGUGCUGGAAUAUUUGGUACCGCAACGUUAUGUCCUCCGGAUUGUUUCAAGUACAAGGGAACGCUUGAUGUUUUCUACAAAAUCGUUAGACAAGAAGGACUAGGGAGAUUAUGGAGAGGCACUAAUGCCGGGUUGGCCUUAGCUGUACCAACUGUGGGAAUAUAUUUACCUUGUUAUGAUAUCUUUCGCAAUUGGAUUGAAGAUUUCACAUCGGCCAAUACUCCUAGUUUGACACCAUAUGUUCCGCUAGUGGCAGGAUCAGUAGCACGAUCAUUAGCUUGUAUCACUUGUUAUCCUAUUGAGUUGGCCAGGACACGUAUGCAGGCGUUUAAAGAGUUACGUGAUGGAGUCAAGCCCCCUGGCAUCAUAAAAACAUUGGGUGGUGUUCUAUCACCUGUUAGUAGUACAGUGAGUCAACAAAGCGCACAAAGCUAUCGUUUCCUGUGGAUGGGUGUGGGAGCUCAACUUGCUCGUGAUGUUCCUUUUUCUGCUAUCUGCUGGUCAACUCUUGAACCGAUCCGACGUAGACUACUUACACUAGUUGGUGAAGAAGGCAAUGCAGCUAGUAUCUUAGGGGCAAAUUUCUCAGCCGGUUUUGUUGCUGGUAGCAUUGCUGCUGCUGCAACGUGUCCUCUUGAUGUAGCAAAAACCCGAAGACAGAUUGAGAAGGAUCCGGAGAAGGCACUGAAAAUGACAACGAGGCAAACGUUAGUACAGAUUUGGAGGGAUGGAAGGUUAAAGGGACUUUUCACAGGUGUAGGUCCGCGUGUUGGGCGUGCGGGCCCAUCGGUCGGAAUUGUCGUCUCCUUCUAUGAAGUAGUCAAGUAUGUUUUGCAUCAAAGACAUUCAAGUUCGUAGAGAGACAUCAAGCUUGGUCCUUACGUCAAUUAGUUAGCUCAGCACGCCAAGGCUGUGCUUUGUUGUGGAUUGCACGUCCUUUUUUUUUCCGCCUCAGAUGAACUCUCUUUGUAGAGAACUAAAGGCAAUCGCCCAAUUUUGAUAUCUAUCGAGAUUUAGAGGACCGUAGAUAUCAUAAGCUAUAGCUUGAUGUCUAUGGAGAUUUUAGGUCUACAACUUUCCGAAAUUGUACCCAAUUUUGUUAGAAAAAUAAGAACACACAUUUCACGGAAUUUGGACUCCUACCUUGAUUUUAAGUCUAACAAAACGCCUGUUUAAUUUGUACUGCAUUCAUAUAUAGUUGCUUCAUCAGGUAUGAGCAGCGCGAUGUUAAUUCU